ACUUGGAACCUUUGCCGAGUUCUGAUUGGUCUACAGUACUUAGUACAGACUAUCACGCUAGGCUGCGCCAGUUUCUUUGUAAUUUCAAUGACAUUCCGGUGUUUAUAAAGGUUUAUUUGGACUAAGAAAUAAAUAAUACAGCGAUAUUCCAGUGAUGGCUUCGUACUUUGACGAACACGAUUGCGAGCCGACUAACCCGGAUGAACAGUACCGACAGAACGCGCUGCUGGAGCUCGCCAGGUCUCUGAUGCAGGGAGUGGACAUUGACCUCGGACCCGAUGAUUUCUCAGAGUGGGACCAGCGGCUCCCUCCUCCCGCGGCCAAAGAGAUUGUCCAGAACCUGCCGACAGCCGUGAUCACCCCCGCACAGGCAGAUAAAGGUCUGAAGUGUCCUGUGUGCUUGCUGGAAUUUGAGGAAGAGGAGACAGUGAGGAAGAUGCCCUGUGAGCAUCUCUUCCAUUCUGGCUGCAUCCUGCCCUGGCUUGGGAAGACUAACUCCUGCCCGCUGUGUCGACACGAGAUGCCCACAGAGAACAAAGAGUACGAGGAGUUCAAGAAAGACAAGGAGAGGAGAAAACAGCAGGACCAUCGGCUGGAGAAUCUGCACGGAGCCAUGUACACAUGAGACGGAGAGACACGGACAGAGGCUCCACGCUGCAACACCUUACCAUUCCUGCUACUUCCAAACAACGUCCCCAAAUUCCUAACGAAUCCCCGGUCUGAAUCCUUCAGGAAUAACACCGGGAUGUCUUCUGCGCUUCCUCUGAGUUCUGAAGUCAUUCAUUGUGAAUUCAGCCCCCCCCUGUUAAUUCAUGUUGGGUUUAAUCACCCGGAUUCAUUCCAUGCUCCUCUGUAAUGAAUGCUGUGGAUCGCUUGUAUAAGACAUGCAUUCAUACCCUCUUGCGCCCCCAACUGGGGAUUGUGAGAAGUGUUCAUUCAUAAUGAAUGCAUGUUUUAAAAGCGUUACCCCGUUUCAUUAAAUAGUUUUAAAAAUGGCUUAUUUUGUUUUGAAAAAAUAGUGACAGCAGGGGAUGAGAGGAGCUGAUAUUUUUUAUAUGUAAAAUAUUUUCAAAAAAAUUACAAAUCUCUUUAAUAAAUAAUAAAACACACAGCC